AUGUCAUCGUUUGUGCUGGCCGAUGAUCUAUCUGAGAGGAAGAAGGCAGUUCUAGACAGACUCAGCUCAAGCAAACAGGAUGAAAACGCUCCCAUUCUUCUAAUCAUGGGCAAUGAAGCUGGUGAUACGGAUAGUAUGUCAUCAGCAAUCUUGUCAUCUUACCUGUUAUCGAAAGCGAUCAGUGAGGGUGACCAGAAAUACUCGGAUGCUUUCCCAAAAGCCACAAUCAUUGCACCAUUGGUCCAACAAGAGAGACGUGAUUUACCUUUACGAGCGGAGAACCAAUUUCUACUUUCGCUUUUGAAUAUCUCCCAAGAUAGCCUGUUGUUUAUGGACGAUCUUCCCAAGAUGGACGUAUUGGCACAAAGAUCUGACUUAUUGCUCGGAUUGGUAGAUCAUCCCAAGCUAAGCUCAACUUGGCAACCCUACAGUACAUUUGACAAGCUGGUAGAGGUUGUCAUUGACCACCACGCUGAUGACGGAGCGCAUAAGGAUGCAAAAAUUCGUAUCUUACGUGGACCUGAGAACGGAGCUAUUGGAAGUGCUGCAAGUGUGGUUGUGGAUAUCUUUAAAGGUACAACCCAGCUCAAAGAGCUUCCGGCAUCCUUGGCAGAUAUUGCAUUGGCAGCUAUCUUGAUUGAUACAGAUAACUUGCGUCCUGCUCCAAGAGGCAAAGCUACUGAAGUAGACUUGGAAGCGGCUAACAUUCUCUUGGAAAGAUCCACGUUUGGAUCAUCCCAAAGAAACUCAUUCGUACAAACAGCAGUGCAAGUGAGUGGUUUGGAGAAGUUUAGCGGUGCAACUAUUCAAGCUGAUAUGGAAGAACAAGGAGAAUUGCACGUUUCUCAAGCGGAUACCAAAACAGUCUUGCAAGCAGCAACGCAAUAUUUUGAAAUUUUAUCAGAGAAGAAGCUGGACGUUUCAAGAUUGAACACGCACGAUCUUUUACGAAGAGAUUACAAAGAAUCAGUUGCAAACGUUGGUACAAGUGCUACGGAUUCGAUCCGAGCUGGUUUCUCGAGCGUGCCUGUCGGAUUGAGCGAUUGGGUUCAUGAACGUCAUGGAGACGGAGAAGAUCGCUGGAACGGAUAUUGGAAAGCGUUACGCGAGUGGAUGAAUGAGAGGAAGUUGGACGUUGCCGUUGUUGGAACAAGCUUCCGUGAGUUAGCAGAAACGGGAACGUUGGAAGAACGCAAGAAGAAUGGCAAACAUCGCCGUGAGCUGGUGUUGGCAUAUCUGCAAAAGCCAUCCAAAGGACAAAGCCUCUUCCCUGGUCUCGUGAAAGGUUUAGAAGAGGAUGCAUAUUCUGCAUCUUUGGGAGGCGAUGAAAGUCAAAAGUUGGAAUUGGAAGCGCCCUGGAAAGGUAGUCGAAGGAUAGAAAGUACGGGCAAACGUGAACGUGUUGGCGGAUUGGAAAAGGAUGGCCAAUGUACCAUCUUGAACGAGUCCGAUGCAAAAGUAUGGAUUGCCGUCUGGCGUCAAAGAAAUGCAAGAGCAAGUAGAAAGAUCUAUCUUCCUGCUGUUUUGCAUUCUCUCAAAUUGGCAUCUGGAUCGCGAAUCAAGUGA